AUGAAGAUUACAAGAGAAAAAUAUGACAAAAAAUACGAUAUAAACAUCACCAUUGAUAUCGCCGAAGAAACAUCUGCAAAGAUAGCAACCUCGCCACAACAAUCGCCAUUGCAACAACCCAUUAAUUGCAACAACAACAACAGCAAUAGCCUCACCACAACCGCCACUACUUGCAACAACAACAGCAGCAUAUGCAGCGAUAGCAACUCCACCACGACCUCAGUCAGCUCAAAAUCCAUCACCUCCAACAGCAACAACGACCACAGCCACCACAACCACCAUACCCCCUCCACCAACAACUCCACCAAAAAUCACCUCCUCUGCCACCAACAACAGCCACCUCCACCACAACUGCCAUACCUCCUCCACCAACGCCUGCACCGCCAACCCCCGCCACUCACAGCCGCCCCCACGCCUCCAACAACCACCGCCAACCCCCGCCACUCACAGCCGCCCCCACGCCUCCAACAACCCCCGCCACUCACAGCCGCCCCCACGCCUCCAACAACCCCCGCCACUCACAGCCGCCCCCACGCCUCCACCAACCCCCGCCACUCACAGCCGCCCCCACGCCUCCAACAACCCCCGCCACUCACAGCCGCCCCCACGCCUCCACCAACCCCCGCCACUCACAGCCGCCCCCACGCCUCCAAACCACCGCCAACCCCCGCCACUGGAGAACCAGGAACCCAACCCCAGGGAAGCCCCGCGCCGGACUUCCUUAGGCUUCACGGGCACGGCAUCCCUCGGCAGGUCACGAAGACAUGUAUGCUGUAUACGUAUGCUGCAUUCACGCCCCUGGCCAUGUGUGUCUGCGUACGCGUGCGGCGAUCUCGCGUGCGAGGUCUAUAUGCUUGA